AUGACGUUCAUCAACACCAUUCCACCACUCAAAGGGGACAACUACGUUGAGUGGAGGAAAAAGAUCGACAUGGCCUUCACCUUUGCUGAGGUGGACUGGGUCCUUGACACAGAGCGUCCCGUCCAGCCCGUGCCACCUGUGCGGGCAACAGAUGAGACAGAUGAUGCAUGGCAGAAAAGAGAAAGAGAGUUUGCUCCUAUCCAGAUGUCUUAUGACCUUGAAAAGAAAAAGUGGGAAUCAGCAAACAAGAAAUGUAAAACGCUUGUACAGAACACAAUGGAGUCUCACAUAUUAGAUUCCAUUCCAGUAGUAGACAGCGUUAAAGAUUAUCUAGAUACUAUAAAGAGGCAGUUUACUGGCUCUACAAAAACGUAUGCAACAGAAAUGAUCAAAGAACUGAUCUCACAGAAAUAUACUGGUGGUGGCACUGGUAUUAGAGAGCACAUCCUUAGAAUGAGUCACUUGGCAUCUAAAAUCAAAAAGUUCAAGGAUCUCACCAUUACUGAUGCUUUCCUUGUUCAUUUGGUUUUUGCGUCGUUGCCAAAAGAAUUUGAAACCUUUGUUGUUAACUACAACAUGCAACCAGAAACAUGGGACUUAGAAAAGACUAUUGCUAUGUGUGCUCAAGAAGAAGAGAGAAUCAAAGCUUCAAAUGGUGGUUCAAUCAACCAUUUGAGGGACAACAAGAAAAAGAUUUACCAUUCUCCUUCAAAGAAUAAGGGAAAGGGCCCUAUGCAGCAACAGGGCAAGCCUUCCACCCAGCACCAGGGCCAGAACCAGUCUCAGCCUACCAUGCAGCAUCUCCCUCAAUAG